ACCAUUAAGUGUUGUGUUGUGACACUCCAUCAGUACAAGUGUUGCUACCAUCAAGUGUUGUAACACAACAUCAGUGCCGCUGUUGCCACCAUGAAAUGUUGUGUUGUGACACAACAUUAGUACAAGUGUUGUAACGCAGCAUCAGUGCAAGUCUUCCAACCCUCUAGUGUUGUAACACAACAUCAGGUCAUCCAUCACACUUUUAUUCCACACAUGUGUUAAUACAUGAUGGGUGAUUCAUCUAAGGAAGAUCUUAAUGGAUAUAGACUUGCCAAGGCUAUUACAUCGUGUGGCAGAAAAGUCUUGUACAAGACUUUCCUCUGGGGAACCCAGGAUAAACCUUCUGACAUGACGCUGAAGCAUUAUUUGAUAACCUCACAAGGAGACAAUGCAAUGAAAAUUUUUAACAGCACUCAAAAAAAAUUGAUUGAUGAGAAUGCUGAUGGAUCAAAGUUUGAUGUGUCACUACUGUAUGUUAGCAUCAAAGUAGCGUGUAAAACUGCAGCUCCAUACAGUGAUCCACUAUGGUUUACCACCAGUACACAGAUGGAGUACUACAUUACUGCUAUUAAGAACAUGAGAAAUGAUUGUCUUCAUGGUCAACUUACAAUUACUAAUAAAGUUUAUUUUGAAAAUAUGAUGAAACUGCGGGAGUUGUUAACUGGUUGUCUUAAGACAUCUGGAGAGAGGUAUGGGAGAGACCAGGCUGAAGUGAAGGAAGAGAUCCAGCAGAUGAAUGAUGAACUGGACAACAUCAUGAAGGAAAGUCUUGGAAAACAAGACAUACUAACAUUUUGUGGUGAUGAAAUGAAAAGUCUCAUGAUUAAUGACAGUCGUGACAAACUUAAUGAGGUCUUUCAAAGUAUCAGCUAUGUCAACCCAGUGUCUUUUAUCACUAGUAACUUGAAACUUAAAGUAGACAAAAUCUUUGUAGAUAUUGAGGUCAAACAUGGACAACGUGGAGGUGAAGGUGAACAUAUAAGUUAUCAACACCUUCUUAAACUUGUUCAGACUACAGCAGUACCAUCAUUUACAAGCACUGUCUCACAACAACAAGGUAUAUCCUCUCACCCACAUAUAAUAUUGCUUGAAGGUCUGGCUGGCAGUGGCAAGUCUACUCUAGUGAAGUUAGUAAUUGAUGAAUGGACUCAGGGUGGUAAAGGUAAUAUUAGUGGCUUAGAUAAUUACGAUCUUCUAUUGUGGGUACAGUGCCGGGACCCAACAAUGACCUGCUACCAACAACUACUGGACCGACUGAUGCCAGAAGUAGCUAUAAAAUUCAAGGAAAUUCUUCCGAAACUGAUGAAGCUUUGCAAGAUCUUAAUUAUAAUCGACGGCCUUGAUGAAGACAAUGAAAGUUCUAGAAGACUAGUCCAGAGUCUAUUGCAAGAAUUUAAGUACUGUUCUAACAUUGUUUUUCUGUGCACUUCACGACCAGAAAGAGUUGAGAACUUUAGGAGAACAAUCCCUGCAGAGUAUACUGUGCAACAUGCAACACUACAUGGUAUAUCUAGGACAAAUUUAGCACAAUUCGUGCGUAUGAACCACCAGGAGAUAACCAAACAAACAGGGAAUAACAGAAAUACUGAAGAGCUAGAAAAUAAGGUGAUAAAGUUAAAAGAACUUCAUGAACACUUAAGACUACCAAUGAAUUUGAUUCUUAUGAUAUAUAUUUGGGACCACGACCCUGACCAGCUAAACUUAACAUCUCUCACUCACACGGAGCUCUAUUAUAAUAUUCAUAAACUGUGUAAACACAAAUUAAUAGAGAGACUGACCAACCAUGAAGCUACAAAGAAUAUGGAUGACAAGGAUUUAACUGACAACAUAAACAUAAUGUUAAUGCAUAUAUACAAGACAUCACUGGAAACUCUUUCACUUGAUCAGUUAAAUUUUGAAGUAAACACUGUAGAUCAACUGACAACAACCUGUAAGCAAUUGUGUUUACCUUAUAAAGAAGUGUUGUCAGCGUUCCUUUGUUUAAGACCAACAUGGACGGUGCUGGGGAUCAAGGAGCGGUACUCAGCUCCUCACAAGGGAAUACAAGAUUACUUCGCUGCUCUCUAUAUUGUGAGCAAUCUUAAUAACCCACAGUAUUCUACACUUACACCUACCUCAGCUACACUUGCCUCAGCUACACCUGUCAGUAUUGAGAGAGUGCUGGAAGAGAGCAUCAGGUCAGGUGUGGUAGACAUGAACAAGUACCAGAAUGUUCUGAUACAUUUGGUUGGGUUGCUGCACCUGGUACUAGAUAAGGUACCUGAAGCACCUGCACGGGAAGUGGUUCAUCUCCUACAAGAUUCUGGUAUGAGACACAACAACCAGUGGCUCGACCUCCUUGACAACACUAAGAUGUCUUCAGUAAUUCUCAAAGAAAUAGCUCACUUAUUCAAUACUGAAGAAACAAUUUACGUAAGUGAUGAUCGUGUGAGAAGCUGCGCUGCUCUCCUACCACACCUCAGCUCCUGCCAGGUGGAGAUUGAUAUUGAUGGUGACCCUGGUGACCUGCCUGACCUACCUGACCUGCUGGCUGCCCUCACCCACCACUACUGUACACACCUGCUACUGUGGCACCACUAUAAACAUGCUGACACAACCACCACUUCUAACAACCUGCUGCAGCAUGGUGAGUUAUUGUUAAUACUAAACAGCCAAAAAGGGGAUGAUUGGCCUGCGAAGGCCGACGAGUUCACAGAGCUGCCUAAGUGGGGGUCAUUGUAA